UUUGGGUACAUAAAAUGACAAUUUACAUUUUUCACCGGCAAUGGACUUGCCCUUCGGCACACAGACUCCGGAACUGGACGUACUGAUUGUGGGUGCGGGUCUCUCGGGUCUGGCAUCCGCCCUCAAGAUCCUUUCCAUGGAGAGCACCCUGAAGGUGAGGAUCAUCGAGGCGAGCGGGGUUUUGGGUGGCCAGUUGGGACAGAAUAACACACGACUGGUGGAUGCCGCCCAGCAGGAUAUGCUCUCCUUUCUGACCCUCAUCCAGUUGUCGCCCCGGCGGAGAAGGUACGACAAUGGCAAGAUGCGAAGGUGCUGGGAUCUGGAUCGAGGACUCACCGCUCUGCCGGCCAAAUUCGAGCUGGGACGAUAUAUCGAAAUGCUGGACCUGCGGAUGUCCAAGUUUCGCUCGAAACGGUUCAACCUUCGGGAGCGGGUCUCCAACAUGGAUCAGCAUAUCCGCCAUCAUUUGUUCUUCAACAAAUCACGGAACUUCAUGCUCAACCUGGUGGAACUGGUUUGCGGGGUUCCUGCCAAUGAGGUGGACUACGAUGUCUUCAUGUCCGUCUGCAGCUCUUGUGGAGGUCUUAAAAUGCUUAUCGACUUCUACUUUACCUACCCGAGCAGUUUCUAUGAGGUCCCAACGCAAUUACUUAUAGAGAACAUCUUGGAGCAGAUGCAGUUCACUAAGAUUAUGCUAAACUGCAAAGCAGAGAAAGUGGAACACUUCAAGAACUAUGCCCAGGUGACGGAUAAUCUGGGGAAUAGUCACACGGCCCAGGCUGUGAUCCUAGCUUUACCCUGGAAUAAAGUGCAGAAAUUGGAGUUCGAGCCCCGCAUUCCGAGGGCCUUUCUUCCACCUGUGGCCACCAAAUUGAAAAAUCCACCCCGCCGCCUGAUCAGUCAGUUCCAGUUUAGAUAUGCCAAAUCCUUUUGGUCAGAUCUUGGUUACUCUGGGAACUUUCUCAGCUCCCAGCCGCUGGUCAGUGGACACGAGUGCCGGAUGGCCACUUUUUGCGGCUACAUGCUGCACUCACCAGAGGAUCAGGACGAGGUUCUGGAGGAGGUGAUGGAUCUGCUGGCCAGCCAUUUUGGCGAGGAGAUGCGAGAGCCUUUGGAGAGUCAAUGCUCCACCGAUGAGCUCAACGAGGCGCUCCACAAGCCGCAAACGAAGCCCUGGCACCGGGUCAUCUGGUCAAGUUCCUCCGCUGUGGGCACCAGCUAUCGCAGUCUGAUGGGUGGAGCUGUGCAGAGUGGCUUCCGGGCGGCGGUGAAUGCCCUCUUUGUGGUCCGACCCCAGGUGGUCAGCUGGAAGGAUAUGCUGGAUGAGAGGCCGAAGAAUACCCAGGAAGGUGCCCGCACCUCGGGCAGAAUCAGGGGACUCCUCAGCCGUCUCAAUCUCUACAACGUGACCUUCUACAGCCUCUUUGUUCUCGGACUCAUCUGGCUGCUGAACUUUGGCUACGCCAGGUCGACCUCAUAGGGAUUACCCAUGUCUCUAUAGAAAUUAAAGUUUCUGUUUUCGAAGACGA